GUGCCCUGCCCCAAGAUGGCGCCUGGCGCUCCUCCCCCCUCACUGCGCAGCCGYCGUGGCCCCGAGCGUGACGCGGCGCUCUCGGCUCCGCCUGUGCGGGGCCGUCUCCUCCAGASGCUGUCCGGGUUGGUCGGGGUUGCAGUCUUGCCUCAUGGUGCCUUCGCUUUUCCAGGUUGCAAGAUGAGGCUGCUAGCUGCUACACUCUUGCUGGUGGCGCCUCUCGGCGCCGCCUUUUACCUGCCCGGAUUGGCCCCCGUCAGCUUCUGUGAGGAGGGUGAGGAGAGCGACAACUGUAAGUCACUAAUUGAGCUCUUCGUGAACAGGCUGGACUCUGUUGAAUCCGUUCUGCCAUAUGAAUAUGAUGCUUUUGACUUCUGUCAAGAUAAGGAAGAGAAGAGACCAUCAGAAAAUCUUGGACAAGUGCUGUUCGGGGAGAGAAUAGCAUCAUCUCCAUAUAAGUUCACCUUUAAAAAGCAAGAAACUUGCAAGAAGGUUUGUACAAGAUCAUAUGACCCAGGAAACAGUGCUGAUAAAAGCAAACUGGCUUUUUUGAAGAAAGGAAUGCAGCUGAAUUAUCAGCAUCACUGGAUUAUUGAUAACAUGCCUGUAACGUGGUGUUAUGAUGUGGAAGAUGGACAAAAAUAUUGUAAUCCAGGAUUUCCAAUAGGAUGUUUUGUUACUCCAGAUGGUAGAGUUAAAGACGCUUGUGUUAUAAAUUCAGAGUUUAACAAGAAGAAUACUUUCUACCUCUUCAACCACGUUGACAUAACAAUCAUGUACCACAGCGGGAAAGAUGAAAACUGGCCUGGUGCAAGACUGGUGAUGGCAAGACUGAGACCACAAAGCUACAAACAUACAGAUGAGAACAAUUUAAGUUGUGAAGGUCCACCUAUGGAGAUUCCUGGAGAAUUCACCAAUAAACUGAAUUUGGUUUACACUUAUUCUGUGACAUUUGAAGAAAAGAAUAAUAUUAAGUGGGCUUCCAGGUGGGACUACAUUUUGGAGUCCAUGCCACAUACAAACAUCCAGUGGUUUAGUAUAAUGAAUUCCCUCGUAAUUGUUCUCUUCUUAUCUGGCAUGGUGGCUAUGAUUAUUCUGAGGACUCUCCACAAAGAUAUUGCAAGAUACAACCAGAUCGACUCUUCUGAAGAUGCCCAAGAGGAAUUUGGCUGGAAGCUGGUUCAUGGAGAUGUGUUUAGACCUCCAAAGAAGGGGAUGUUACUGUCUGUCUUUUUGGGACAAGGAACACAAAUUUUCAUUAUGACAUUUAUUACUUUAUUCCUAGCUUGCCUUGGUUUCCUCUCUCCUGCCAACCGUGGUGCUCUGAUGACCUGUGCCGUUGUAUUGUGGGUCUUACUGGGAACUCCAGCUGGUUAUGUGUCUGCUAGAAUGUACAAGACAUUCAGAGGUGAGAAGUGGAAGACAAACGUCUUGCUUACGGCUCUGCUCUGCCCUGGGAUUGUCUUUGCUGAUUUCUUCAUUAUGAAUCUCAUUCUGUGGGUGAAAGGCUCCUCAGCUGCCAUCCCUUUUGGCACUUUGGUUGCUAUCCUUGCUAUGUGGUUUGGAAUUUCAGUCCCACUAACCUUUGUUGGUGCCUAUUUUGGCUUCAAAGAGAAGCCUAUUGAACAUCCAGUGCGUACAAACCAGAUUCCUCGCCAAAUCCCGGAGCAGUCAUUUUUCACAAAGCCAUUGCCUGGUAUCAUCAUGGGUGGUAUCUUACCCUUUGGCUGUAUUUUUAUCCAACUUUUUUUCAUUCUCAAUAGCAUUUGGUCUCAUCAGAUGUAUUACAUGUUUGGAUUCCUGUUCCUAGUUUUUAUAAUUCUUCUAAUUACAUGUUCAGAAGCAACAGUUUUGCUGUGCUACUUCCAUCUGUGUGCAGAGGACUAUCACUGGUGGUGGAGGUCRUUCUUGACCAGCAGCUUUACAGCAGUUUAUCUCUUUAUCUAUGCAGUCCAUUACUUCUUCUCCAAACUCCAGAUAACAGGAACGGCCAGCACCAUUUUAUAUUUUGGUUACACAAUGAUCAUGGUCUUGAUCUUUUUCCUUUUCACAGGGACUAUUGGCUUUUUUGCCUGCUUCUGGUUUGUAAGUAAGAUUUACAGUGUUGUGAAGGUGGACUGAAAAACUUCGAAGUGUCUUUUGAACAUAUCUCCCUUGCUGUUUGAUAAUUUUUACCAUGUAUUGAAAAACAUCCUGUGUAAUUAUUCUAAUUUGUAAAAGCAGAAGACCAGACCACAGCGUAAAAUACAGAUUUUUAUGGAAGGAAAUGGCACUAUUGCCAUUUUGGUAUAAACAAAAAUGUUUACAUCAGUAUACUCAGUGAAAAUGGUAAUUAUAGUAAUUCAGAAAUUAUAUCCAAAAUUUGAUUUAGAAUAAGUAAGAAUUCUGUGAACUAGUUUAUUUGAAAAAUUGAGUGCAUUAUACAGUCCUGCAGCUGAAUUUCCUUGUCACUAGGGGUUGGUUUUUUUUGUUGCCUAUUUUGGUUACCAUUUAUAUACCAUGAAAGCCUAGGACUGUCAAGUAAGUCUAUGUAAAAUGUGAAUUGUUUUUAACUUAACUAUGAUUGUACAUAUUAUCUUGCACCUUCUUUACAACUAGUUAUCUUCUUACAAAUGUACAUGCAUUUAGUGUAAUGUAGACUUUAUUAAAAAUAUUGACGCUGGUUUUUGUUCAAAUAAAACUGUACAACUCCA